AUGACAUGCGACGAGGGGGAGCAUCGACCUUUUCCUAUUCUAUUACCUCACUCCUCCAUUUUCUUUCACUCUUGUCCUCUCCUCACUGCUCCCCCGUGUCACUCACACCAGGCGGGCAGCAUCGCGCUUGUCUUCCAGGCCACCAUGCUCGCCCUCUCUGUGCUUGACUUCUCCUCUCUCCCUCUCUGCCCUCCCUUCCUUUACCAAGGCCUGCUCGUGCUCUUCCUCUUGCUUCUGGUGCUCUCUCGCAUGGGCCAGGGGGUGUACCAAAUCGUUGAGGGGCAAAUCAUUCUGGCUGUCUCCGCGGCAUCAGCCAACCUGUUUGGGACCACAGAGAUGGCCCUUAGCAGCCUAGCAGAGCUCGCCAUGCUCACCCUCGCCAUAGUCUUCUAUGAUCCCAAGUGUUUUGGCACCCUUGUGCUCAUGUCCUGGGCUGGGGUCGUUGCUGCUGCGGUGCUCUACUGCUCAUGGCUCGCCUUUCCCGACCCUAGGCUGCAUACGCUCCCGGACGGCCGCGGCAAAGACGCUGCACGCGCACCGCAUCGCAACCCCUCCGCGCAGGCGGCUUUCCCACUCCGCGCGCGCCCAGUUCUUCUUGGCCGACACGCGACGCUGCGCGCACAAAGCCUCGUUCCGCGCGCCAAACUCCGGGACAUGGCGCUACAAGCAGGACAUUUCAGCCUCGCGCAUCGCGGUCUCCGCCUCCUGAGUCCGACGAAACUCCCACCUGCUCUCGUAGCAGCUAUAGUUUCUGGCCUUGCUGACCCCGCACCAGCAGCAGCUGAGGCAGCGCCAACGCUGCUUAAGCUCCUCACAGAUGCAACAGGAGGCGUGACUUCAGGCGUAGCGUCAAGUACCCAGGCUCUUCAGGCAAUUCGCUUGCCUGACGCUGCUGGUGCUGCGACCGCCGCUGCCGAUCAGGCGAAUUCCUUCGCAGCAGCGGUAGCCAGCUGGGUUCAGAAUAUCGUAGAGCAAUCCCCGAUCGACGCCGCAACCGCCGCCGCAUCCGCCGCUGCGAGCGGCCCGGCCAGUGCGAUUCAGGCGGGAGCUGAUCUCGGCCGUGCGAUUCAAGAGCAGGGGCAGGCUGGGGCGGCGGUAGUGCAGCAGGCUAUAGCGGCAGCUGCGGGUGGGGUGGGUCAGGCGGGCGCAUCGGCGGGUGCCGCCGUGAGCGCAUUUUCAGGAACAACUAUCGCGAGCUCGCCUGGCCUAACGCGCCUCGGCGAAGCGUCCUCCGCGCUGUUACAGAGUUCGGAUCAUCUCACAUCCUCGUUGCGCGUGUCGGUCGACUCUGCCUUGGCGCAGGCCUCCGCCGAUCCUGCCUUUCUCCCCACCACCGCGGCCCGCCUAGCAACCUACCUUGCCUCUUCCAUCGCCUCCUCCGCUUCCUCCCUCGUCUCCUCCUUCGCCUCCCAGCCCGUCGUCGCGCCGACGGCGGCGGCGAUUGCGGCGGCCCUCGCGGCGCUGCUCGGGAAAGCGGUGGUGGAGGCAGUGCGCGACGCGCGAGAGAAGGGCAAGGAGAUUCCUUCCACGUACGACCCGGAGGCAAUCGCGGCGUAUUUCAAGCUGCGCCCCGCGCGGGUGGUUGCCCGCGCCGUGUGGGUGGCGGCGCAGUGUUCGGAAGUACUCGCGGGGUUGGCGCUGGAUUACGCGCGCGGGGAGGGGAAGCAGAACGAGCGGUUGCGCGCGCAGCAGACUAUGGAGUUAAUCACGCGGCUAGGUCCCACGGCGAUUAAGAUAGGCCAGGCGCUAAGUAUCCGCCCCGAUAUAAUGCCCCCCGCUUACAUAGAGCAGCUCCAGACCCUGCAGGACCGCGUGCCCGCCUUCCCCUCCGCCGACGCGCGCCGGAUCAUCUCGGAGGAUCUGGGCCGUCCGGCGGAGGAGGUGUUCGACGGCCUGGAUAAGCCCAUGGCGGCGGCGUCGCUGGGGCAGGUGUACCGCGCGCGCGUGCGCGCAACGGGGGAGGACGUGGCGGUGAAGGUGCAGCGGCCGGAGGUGCGCGAGGACAUCUGCUGCGACCUGCUGCUGCUGCGCGCGCUCGCGCAGGUGGCCUCCGCGCUCCCCGGCGUGCACACGGACCUGGCGGAAGUUCUAGACUCGUUCUCGAGCCGCUUCUGGGACGAGCUGGACUACCAAAAGGAGGGCGCGAACGCGACGCGGUUCCGAGAGGAUAUGGAGAGGCUGCGCAACGUGGUGGUGCCACGUGUCCUCACAGAUCUCACCAGCACUCGCGUGCUGACAACAGAGUGGGUGCAGGGCGAGAAGCUGUCAGACGCACAGACGGCGGACGUGAGCAGUCUGGUGACCCUAGCGCUCAACUGCUACCUCAUUCAGCUGCUCGAGACCGGCUUCCUGCAUGCAGACCCGCACCCGGGGAACCUCCUGAGGACCGUUGAUGGCAAGCUGUGCAUUCUGGACUUUGGAUUCAUGACCGAGGUCACGGAGCCCCAGCGCUACGCACUCGUCUCCUACAUCUCCCAUCUCCUCAGCGCCGACUACGAGCGAGUAGCGCAAGACCUCGUCGUCCUGGGCUUCGUUCCCCCGGACCUGGUGGACGAGGAGAAGACCAGGUCUGUCGUCCCGCAGCUGGCCCGCGUCAUGUCCCAGAUCACGCAGGGGGGCGGCGCGCGCAACAUCAACUUCGGGCAGGUGGCAGAGGAUCUAUCGUCCAUGGCGCAGGACUAUGUGUUUGUGAUUCCGAGCUACUUUGCGCUGAUUCUGAGAGCGUUCGGCACGCUGGAGGGGAUUGGGUUGGACCGCGAUCCGAGCUACUCCACGCUGCAGGAGUGCUACCCGUACAUUGCCAAGCGCCUGCUCACUGAUGACUCGCCACGUGCGCGUGCGGUGCUGCGGGACUUCCUGUACGGGUCAGGGGACCGCCUGGACGUGGCACGAACGGUGCUAGCACCAGAAGGCAGUUAUGUGCAGGAGCUCGUUCUCACCGAGAUGGCGCGUACAGUGGACGCCAUGUCACGAGAGGCCCUUGCCGCCCUCUGGUCCACACUCGUCACCCGCACGCUCCUCCCAGUGCCAGCACAGCUGCAGCAGCCGGGCACCUACCCCCUGCCUCUCCUCCUCCCGGGAGCGGUCCUGGGCAUGGUGAGCGGGGACUGGCGCACGGCCAGUCUCUCAGACGACGAUGUGGAGGCGCUGGGGACUCUGCGGCGCCUCUGGACGCUGCUGGCGCCGCAGCUCAGGAGCAUGGAGCCCGUUGGAGGGCCGUCCUCGCCUGCAGAAGCACUCUCAUUCUUCCGGGAAGCAGCACCGCUCAUGUUCAGCGUGCUGCCAGGAGCCGCCACCACAGCAACACGCUUCCUCGUGAUGCUGCUGCAGCGCCAGUUGCUCCGCCUGGCAGACGACUUGGACGGGGGAGACUCCGUGCAGCAGUGGGAGGCAGACCCGUACUCCCUCGCGCGCUCCAUCCGCCCCUUCUGGAUGCCCCCGCCAGCCCCUUGA